UCAAGUUCGUGAACGUAAUGUGCUGCGUUAUCGACUCCAAUGUCGCAGUACCUCGGUCGGAGUACUUAUCAAGAUGAUGCACCACUGUUGUAGUUGUUUGCACACAUCUUGUUCAAAUCCAUGACCACCGUUCCUCCGCUCUGGCGCUAGUGCGCUUUUCUGUUGAAUUUCAUCCGCUACGACCCUGGUUUCCGGUUCCGCAGCUUGGCCUGGAAUGUCCUGGCUCAGUACCGUCCUGAGUAAAGACGUCCCCACCGCGUAGUUCUUUGUAUAUCUAUAUACUGAUUACCUCUGUCUUCAUUACAGAUUUUUUCCCUCGAACACGGCCAGAAAAUGUCUCCCAUGCGUACUAGCUGCAUUACUAAGGACGUUCUUGGCGGGCAAAUAUGCAUGACAGGUUGGUGGGGGUGGGGAUAUUUUUACUCAGGAUAUUGAUAUUCAACUUUGGGUUUGGAGAAGAAGGAAGACGACCGAGUGCCAUGGCGCAACCCAGCGAUCACUCCGUCGUCCCUUCCGAGCCCACGGAACAAGAAGAGAAGGUUGUAGGUAAUCUACCCCGUUCGCGUGUGAUAGAUCCGAUGUUGAGAAUUCUUCUUUGUUACGCGAGGACUUUUACAAUUCUAUUUGAAUGACAUUUGCACUUGCAUUUUCUUGCACACAGUGAAUAGUUGACUUAACAUGAUCUCUGACAGGUGGCUCCAUUGUUUGCAAGUUUGCCAGCACGAAAGAGCCACCGGAUGCAGUCGAGAAUGAACCCGCGCGCUCGGUUGGUACCACCACCCUCAACAUCCUUUCAGCAUCUGCCGAGGAUGCGGAAGCGGAUUGCGCUACCGGUAUAACUUAGUAUUCUUGAGUAAGUUGUUGGAUCUCCAAACGCACACUGUAAUACUGUCUGAUAUUUUUCCGCCUGUAUGACGAGUUUGUCAUGCGGAUUUCACUUUUACUUUUGCAUUAGUUUCGAUGUGAACAAGAACAGCGCCCCAAUACUAGAUUAACCAAUUUGUCUUGACACAGGCGGAUCCGCCGUUCUUCGCAGGCUCUCCAGCGCGACAAAUUCGAAUGCAGCCGAAAAGCAAGAAAGCGCGCUUUUGACGGUUGUCACCACCAGCACCUCGAACUUUUCAGCAUGUGCCGAGGACGCGGAAGCGGGCGAUGAGGGUAGCAUUUUGGAUAAGUUGUUGAUUCUGAAGAACAUCUCCAUCUUUUCAUCUGUCUUCAUGUACAUUUCUUCAUCUGUCAUGCAUAUUUUAUGUAAGCUGUGCAAGCCACGUUCAAGAUAUAGCUCACUUCGCAUGACACUAAAUGAAAUCGCGCAUUUUUUUAUCAAUCGCAGAUGACAUCCCCGUUGUGCGGAAGCGCUCCAGCACGAGAAAACCAACCAAGAGGGACGAGAACCGUAUUCGGGAAUUGAAAAAGAGGUUUUAUACCGUCACCGUCCGUGCCGUGCUGAUUCCGGUGCUGCUUGUGGUGCUCCUAACCAUCUUGCGCGGUUUCGGUUCGGUUUGCGAGUUUAACGAUUUUGCGCGGUUAGCAUCGGUGAUGGGCACAGGGGUGUUUGACCCAACGAAAGUUAGUUCCGACGGGAAAACCACGGCGAGCGGAAGUGCGAUUGGUAUUCCGACAAAUUUCGCCUAUGCCUCGUUUCACGAGGCGGCGAUCGGUAUGAUGUUCGUCGAAGUGUCGACGGCGUCGGCGGGGGUGGUGCUGCAGGCCCUGAGCCCGCGGAGUUUGUUACAGCUACGGGCAUCACUCCGCAAGCACCGACCAGCGCUGGCGUAUGUGGCAACUUACGCCUUUUUGUGUGGAGUGAUGAUGUAUGCGGGCGUUUUCGCGUGUUUGGUGGACGCGAGCCGGGUGCAGAGUCUCGCUUUGUUCCGAUUGGUUUUCACCCCCAUAAAAGUGCUCGCGCUGCCGGUCGUAUUGCUUCUUUUCCGGUAUUCACUGACCCGAUCGAGUGCGGGGUGCUCUAGCGCGGUCUACCGUUUCACCAUAGUUCAAGUCGGUCUUUUCGUCUUCUGCGGUUUUUGUCUCCUUGCGGUAACGCGCAUUGUUCCGGCCCUGCUCGCUGCCGCACGGGAUUUACCGGGGUACCAGCGAAUCAUCGCGGAGACGCUCGUGUGCGGUUUCUUUUUCAGCAUCGUGCUGCCGAUUCUGGAAAAAAUAAUGGGGCAACUGCUUUUGCCGAGGGCCCUCCCUACUGACAACGAUUGGCGGUUGUGCGACUUCCCCAACGCACGAACACAACAAGCCGCGCAAGACAGAACUCGGGGCAUAUUUACCUGCGUCCUCCACUACAUGUUCGACUCGAUGCGGUUCGGAAUGGGCCGCGGGGUUUUCCUGGUUUUAUCUCCUGCGACCAUCGCUUUUGUAUUGUUCCGGGACCUGACUUACCACGUUUGGCACUUCGCUUUGCGGCAAAGUGAAGCGAUUUUGGUGUUCGCGUUGAAAAUUUGCGACUUCGACGAUCUAGAGCACGUGCCGCAGAGUUGGCGCUGGGUUACUAAAGUUUGUUACAACCUGCAACGCAUAAGUUCUGUUAAUCGACGCUUUUCCAUCGCUUUUGACGAGGAGAUUGACUUCGAGCAGCAACUUGCAGAGGAGCAAAAUAGGAAUAGUGGCGCUGGUGCUGCUGACGACGGACAACAGAAAGAGCAGGACUCGGGUACUAGCGGCAUCAAGAAAACUUUGGCCCUGCACUUUUCGAACAUCCGGCUGAAGAUCCGAAACGUACCGAAAAAAGUAUUUCGGGAUUUGUACAACCAAGAGGUGGCAGAUGUCUCUUACGGAGCAGUGCAAGUCGUACCAGAAGAGCCGCCGAACGCCGGCGGAUCCGAGCGCGGCAAUGAAGAAGCAGCCUUUUUUCCCAACUUGCUCGCAAUGGAAACGGAGAAGCAAACUGUUUUUGCGAAAGAAGCUGCAGAGGAGAAGCAAGUUAAUACGCCAAUGGACGGACGAACAAGCGGAAGCGAAGCGCGCAGCUGCGAAAACAGUAGGGUGCUAGUACGUAUUGCAAAUGUGUCGGAGUCUGGAAAGCUGCAAUCUUUGAUGCUAAGUCGGGAUCGUGCAAAAGCUUACAGGUGUUGUGUUGCGUGAUUACCUACCAAAAGUUGUCCACUUUUGACCAAGUUCAGAGGGAGUUUCUCGUGCAGGAUAGGCAUGCGUGGGAUCUCUAUCUCACAAAAUCUGUCAUACUAGGUCCUAAAUUCUGCUACACCUCGUGGGCUAAGUAUGGAAAACGGGCAUGACAAGCGUUGCAAAUUUCCAGAAUCAGACAUGUGUGCAGUCGAUAGCUAGCCGGCACCUGCAAUUCUGCCGGCGUAGCUGUAAUGUCAGUCGAGAAGGCCCUGAGCAUGCCGGUCGGGUCGAAAAGCCACACGGUGUUGAAGACCAGCAGUCUCCGGCAGGACGUCUCUACUGGCGCGCGCCAGGCAGCGGCGACGACCCGGACGCUAGUGAAGUUUUUACUUGGGCAGGAAGACAAAGUAGCAAAAACAGAAGCAGUGGAGCCGGUUUCUGCGGCAGAGCUGAAGGCUUUCAAACACUGCAUUGAUUUUUACCGCCAGGAAAACUUCAAACGGUACCAGAUUCGCGCGCACUGCCGGAUGAUGACGUCGUUGACGCUGAUUUUCGUCCCUCUCAUUGGACUGGCGAACAACGUGUCACUGUUCCCCGGGUUUCCGCAAACGAACGAGGAAAUUAUGUUCGGACUGAUUGCAUCAAAAUGAAAAAUCACCCCUCCCCGUAUGCAAAGCGAGAUUUGUGUAGCUUUAACAUGAUAUGUGAAUACAAAAACAAAUCUACUUCAAUGCGUCAUGCUAGAAAGGGAGAGAGUCGGAAUCUGUCAGACUGUCGUCCCAAGUCUGGCGUGGGGGGAAGGCAACUGCCUGCAAUCGAAGCCGCAGCUGGAUCCCUUAGUAUUCUAGUGGUACUAACCGACUUGUGUAAGUACUACUACACAAACCGCGCAUCAGAAAUUUUCUUUUGAAUAGGGGGAGGGGGGAUUUUUCCGCACGAUAGGUUGCCUCGAUUAUUUUCUUCGUAAACGACAUCGUCGAGUGGGCUGUUAUUACUUGGAAAUUUGCGGUGUUUAAUGACGAGCAAGCGGAGGUGUUGUUGCCGAGGUUCGUGGGAAUUUUUUUACCGGAUUCCGAGCCGAAGCAAGUAGCAGGGGCUUCGUGGCGGUUGUUUCCGGAGGUUUUCACGCUUAUGCAAGUUACUACUUGCUUUUACUUUCUCUUCAUUCUGACCACAGUAAUGUACCAGCCGUACUCGCUUUUCAUGUUGCAGGAUGAAGCGACUGAACAAGCCGAUUUGACUUGGAGUCACGUUUACGAGUACUGUGGAAUCUAAAACAAAAGCUCAAGCUUCUGGCAGCUGCUGCUACGAAAUCGGAUUGGUGUACAAAUCGAAAUCGAUGCCAUAUCUUUUGCUUUACUUGGUGACGCAACGCCAGCGGUACUGGUACUCUCAUCAAGAGCAGCCCGCUUCGUAUAGAAAAACAAAAUCAGUGACUUCGUAUAGAAAAAAGAAAACUACACUUAAAUACAACAAACAGUGUUUCGCCUCUGGAUGGAAAAUCUAGAAGACCCACUCAAUUACAGUUUCCGUGCCCGAUUUUGGAACAAGUUAUCUUUGCUGACCUUCGAGAAGUUCUUGUAAAAAGUAGAGUAUAGUAUUUAAGUUGUAGCCUCCCCGCCCGGACGAGGCAUCCAGACGAGUCCAGUAAGUGAACCACAGCAGAGCAUCAAGUAUAGCAAAGUGAAAGUACUAGAUGAACAUGAGACAUAAAGUAGAACAUGAUCACACGCAGCACCAAGGGCGGUGCCGGUCCUAU